CGGGCUGGUAGGAGGUCGGGCAUGUUAGUUUCCGUUUCCGGUGGGUAAAGGGCAAGCGCAAUGUAAACACGGGACCGGGGGAGUGGUGAUCAGGUAACUGGGGUUUACGCUGACCGUGGAGGAAGCCGGAGGAAGAGGAGGAAAACGAGGCUGGUGGAUCUUGUGGUUAGGGGAGGAAGGGCCUUCAGACGUCGGAGUUGACACCCGAGAGGGGUGUGGCAGAGCCGGGACACUAAGAAUGGCUUCCUUUGGAUGGAAGAGGAAAAUUGGCGAGAAGGUCUCAAAGGUCACUUCCCAGCAGUUUGAAGCUGAAGCUGCCGAUGAGAAGGAUGUAGUUGAGAAUGAAGACGGGAACUGGCUUCAUGCCAUUAAACGAAGGAAGGAAAUUCUCUUUGAGGGCUGUGCUGAGAAAAGUAAGCAGCUGAAGGAUGAAGGAGCCAGUUUGGCUGAAAAUAAAAGAUACCGAGAGGCAAUUCAGAAAUGGGAUGAAGCACUGCUGUUAACCCCAGAUGACGCCACCCUGUACGAGAUGAAAUCGCAGGUCCUAAUGUCUCUGCAUGAAAUGUUCCCGGCCGUACACGCAGCUGAAAUGGCUGUCCAGAGAAACCCACAUUCAUGGGAGUCUUGGCAAACUUUGGGACGUGCUCAGCUUGGAUUAGGAGAGAUAGUCCUGGCAAUUCGAAGUUUUCAGGUCGCCCUUCAUAUCUAUCCAAUGAACCCUGAAAUAUGGAAAGAAGACCUUUCUUGGGCAAGAACACUCCAGGAGCAGCAGAAGGUAGCACAGAAGAUUAGACAGUGUGAAGCGUCAGCGGAAGUAACACAUUUCUCACCAAAGUCAAUUCCUGACUAUGACUUUGAAAGUGAUGAGAUUGUUGCUGUUUGUGCAGCGAUUGCUGAGAAACAGAAGACGGUUCCAGCAAAUAAAACGAUGGUUAUUGUGUCGGCUUCUGGGACUGUAGAGACAGUCACUGAGAAGGAAGACGGUGCUACACCGCCGGAUGGCUCUGUUUUUAUCAAAGCCCGAUGAAGUAGCGGCAACCCUUUGAAUCUUUUUGAUCGCCGCUUAAAAUUUUUAGGUGUAGGGACGUUUGCUGUGGAGAAACAGAGCAAAACUCUUGUUUAUAAAUGAGUUUUGCAGAUGAGGCAUAUAAAAACUAAAUGGUAGAAUUACUGUAUAGUGUUUGGACAAUGUUUUGAUAAGUUAUGAUUUAAACUUCCUAAGAUUAGAAUUCUGAGUACAGUGGCUUUUGGUUAAUAAACUUAAUUUAAUUCAAAAAUAUAAGCGAGUGCAUUUUAAAGACACAACUUGAAAAGUGAAUUCUCUAAUAGUGAAUCACUUGACGGCCAGUGUUAUUAAAACGCUGACUUGUUGACUUUUGUUUCAUGAUAAAGGAAGCCAGUGAUUUCUUUCCCUCCUUAGAAAUAUACUGCUCUUGCUAUUCACUCUUCUGUUUUUCCGGGUGCAUUAGAGUAAGUCUGUCACAAAGCUUAAAUGUUUUUGACAUUCAUUUUGAUUCAAAGUUGUCAUUUGGAUAUAUGUGGAAUCUUUGAAAGUUUGGCUGAAAAUGCAUGCAAAUGUGGACAUUCUAAACAUUUUCUGAAGUUUCUCUUAAUUCUGAUUUGUGCCUACAUUUUGACUUUAAGAUUAUUAUGACAAUAGUAGUUGCCUCCUUCAGUAUUAGAUAUGUAAAAUACUGAUAAAUGUCAGAAUGACUGUUUCAUUUUUCUAGUUGUUAAAGUGGAUAGUGUUCCUUUCCACAGGUGGGUCAUGUUUCACAUCUGGAUUUUAUUUUAUUUUUUAUUUUUUUUUAAAGAUUCAAUUUAUUUAUUUGACAGAGAUAGAGACAGCCAGCGAGAGAGGGAACACAAACAGGGGGAGUGGGAGAGGAAGAAGCAGGCUCAUAGCGGAGGAGCCUGAUGUGGGGCUCGAUCCCAGAAUGCUGGGAUCACGUCCUGAGCCGAAGGCAGACGCUUAGCCGCUGUGCCACCCAGGCGCCCCCGCAUCUGCAUUUUAAAAAAACGAAUGGCUUUCAUAGAUGUGUCAUAACAGAUUGUACUACUGCAUUGUCCCAGUCAAAAGCAAUAUUUUCUUCUCCUUAUUUUUAAAAGCUUAAAAACUCUGAAAAUAACUUAUCUUUUGCUAUAACUUUCCAGCUGAUGGUUCGGAGGUCCUGUUCUAGAUAACUUUUUGGAACUACUCAAUUAAAUUACAAUUAUAUUUUAAGUAGCUAGAUUAUAUCUUUCUAAAAAUAAAAAAGUAAGGAUGUUAAUGAGUGCCAGUGAAUGAAUAAUUUAGGCACAACAUAUAUAGAAACUGAAACAUGAGUAUGGUACAAUACAUGAGUAGAGAAGGAUGUAUUUAAAGAAAUAUUUCAUUGACAGGUUGUGGUUGUAUUCAGAAAUCAAAACUGCCAUUGCUAAUGUGAAUUAUUUUUAUACUACAUAUAUUGUAGUACAGUUAUGUAGACUACUGGGUACUGUUACUUCUGACACUCAGGAAGCUACUAUUGUUGUAAAAUUAAUUUUAUCCUUGUUAGAAAUGAAAGUAAGCUAUUUUAUUUUAAGGAAUUUUACCUUAACCCGUUGGAGCACGUGAGUAAUGGUUGACAUUUUUCUGAGAUGAUUUUUUUUUCCUUUUAAAAUUUUUAUUUAAUUUCUAGAUAGUUGACAUACAGUGUAGUACUGGUUUCAGGAGUAGAAUUCAGUGAUUCAUCACUUACGUACAACACCCAGUGCUCACAAUAACAAGUGCCCUCCUUAAUGCCCAUCACCCAUCUAGCCCAUCCCCCACCCUCUGAGAUGAUUUAAAAUUUUUUUCCUUUAGUGGAAUGCUUACCUCUUUUUUUUCAGAGUAUAGUAUUUUUCCCUGAAGUUACAUCAGAAAGUUAGCUCUGGUUAGAGAGGCUAGCUUUAGAGUAAUCCAAAAAACAAAUACUAAUUACAUUUUAUUUCAUUUAAUAAAGGAUAUUUUCCCAGGGUAGAUACUUGGGCAUCUACGGAAGUGAGCGUUCACCCUUUGGUAUGUUGUUUUGAAUAUUGGGUUUUUGUUUAUCAUGUAAUUUGUGAAUAAAUAGUUUUUUUCCUGCAUUUUAAAGAUUUGCCUCUUUGUGUUGUUAGCUUUUGAAAAAUUAGAUUUAUUUAAUUUCUUUGUUAUGUGAGAAUAAAAUAUGUAAAGCACCUUGGACAGUGUCUUGCAGAGGAUGCACUCAGGAAAUGUUAGCUGUUUCUAUGAAGAACUUGAAUUAGUUUGGAGAUAUUUAACCUCCAUUUCUUCUGAUUUUAAGAAGACUUUGUGAGUCAGUAGCCUUUCUAAAUUGACUCUGGACCAGCCAUUCUGGAGCUUUGAUUUCAUGACAUACAUGUAUCUACAUGAGUUGUAAGUUGACACAGGAAUCAUAGUUCCAUGAUUAUCUUUAAAUCAACUGGUAUAUUAAAUGUGUUUUUUUUCUGAGAGAUUUUUAUUAAGCCAUUGGUGUGUACUUUGUAAUUGAUGACAUUUUAGGAUUGAGAAAGUAAGGGUUUGGUUUUUUUUUUUUUAAUCAAUAAGUGAAUGACUCAUUACCAAAGUAAAUUAAAAUGAAAUAUGUCACUUGAGUCCCUUGCAAUUGAAUAUGCUCUCUUCAGUGGAAGGGAAGGGAUAGCCCUGUGGCUGAUGUAUCAUGAAUUGUGCCUUAAUGUGUGUCAUAUUUGAACUUGCUGUGUGUGCCACGGUGGGAGACAGGUUGAGAAAUGUUGAUCUGCAUUUUGUUGGGAAGGCGGAGGGUAGAGAUAGCUUCCUUUCUAGGUGCUUCUUUACACAUCCAUUAAGCAAGGAAUCUUGAUUGCUCCCUUCUUGAAUCACCCCCAACUCCCUGUGAAAGGGAGUUCAGGAUAAAGAACUGGACAUGCAAACCUUUCUCCCCUUUCUGGGGAUUUGUAAUGCUUGCAGAGAGCCUAUGUUGUAUUCUCUUGCCAGACACGGCACAAGCUUUGCAGUGAAAGGCUCUUUGCCUCUGCAAAGGGAGCCCUGUAGUUGUAUAGGACUGCCCAUUCCUCGGUGAGCAGGUCUGUUUAUUUCUGGGUUAGAUAUUAGGUGGCCGUUGUUGAUACUAACCUAAAUUACAUCCUUUAGCCUAGACCCUUCAGCAAUAAAUCUGAUAUACUGAAUCUCCAUUUGCCUGGCUUGGUCUCUCAAGUGGCUCAGAGGUCAGGAGGGGACAUGAUUCCCUCAAACUCCCAACAAAAAUUAGUGAAAAUUGUAUUUCAAAAUAAGCAUGAGAUAAAUUAAAUAUCAAAUUGGGAGGUUUUUUUUUCUAAUUUUAUGUAUUUAAGUCAUGGAAAUUCUAUUGGAAAUGGAUAAUGUCAAUUA